AUGAAUGUGACACCUUUGAGUCUACGUUGUUAUCCAGAAGAAAAAAUGCUUCUCAUGACAGAAAUGGAUAAACGAAUUAAUCAGUUCGUCUUUCCCAUUCAAUUUUUGGUAGCUGUUAUUGGAAAUUCGUUGACAAUGUCUGUGUUGCUUAGUUCUCAUACAAAGAAUAGAGCGAAUCAUCUGCUGGCCUUCCUGGCCCUCUGUGAUAUUCUGGUGUUUGUAAUGAUGCUUCCCCAUUAUUUGGCAUCAUUGGAUAUUUUUGCUAACAACACACAAUUCCGUUACGUACACUUCCAUACAAAAGUACAUUUUGGAGCGUUGAGUAAUUGGUUCUCAGCUGCAGCGAUCUGGUUCGUGCUCGCCGUUUCAGUCGAACGUCUGUUGAUCAUAAAAUUCCCCUUCCGUUCCUUGGAAAAUUACAGUUCCCCUCAGAUCACUCUCGCUUCACUGGGCAUACUUAUCGGCACACUUCUGCUGACCAGCUACCACCAUGUUUCGCACACCUGUCUGACAUGGCUUGUUUGCGCAGGCGAACAACUGAUAGGUUUAUGUUACUCGAAUGCUCUGGAGAAAUGGGGACGACGUGAAAAUCCGACGUCCGCAUUCACCAGACAAUGGAUCGAGGCGUCCGUGUUCUUGAAUGCGGUAUUUGCUGUUCUACUGCCGGUGUUUGCUGUUGCCUUGCUGAAUAUUUCACUGAUUAAACUUCUUAAGAAGAGGAACAGCGAGGAACUGCUGCUGAACUCUGUGAACACGAAUCCUGAAGCCAUUCAUGAGCAGGAACGAAAAAUGACGCAUACCGUAUUAGCGAUAGUCACAUGUUUCUCCUGUACUCAAGGACCAUCCGCCAUUGUCUUCAUGUAUCAGAUACUGUAUGGAUCGACAAGUACACUACAAAUCGCAUCAGUAGUCGCCAACCAGUUAGUGCUGACUGGAAAAAUGCUCAACAUUGUCCUGUUCUGCAUGACUUCAUCAACUUUCCGCAGAAAACUACUCCAGACCUGCACGGAUUGGAUUUGUACGCUGAUUCACUGUGACAGAAAACAUAACCACAGAUCGCACUUCACCCGCUCCCAAUCCAAAUCCGGUAUGACGCAGCGCACGUCGUUGAUGUACUCAUGGAGUCCACGAGGUGUACGAUCCUCAAUCGUUUCCCAGACAUCGCAGAAGCACAUCGAGGAUUCGGUGGAGAUGAAUGCGACACCUUUAAGCCUACGAUGUUUUUCCGAGGACAAGAUGGUUUUGAUGACCGAGAUGGACAAGAGGAUAAAUCAGCUUCUAUUCCCAAUACAAUUCUUGGUGGCAGUUAUCGGAAAUUCCCUAACAAUGUCCGUUCUGCUCAGCGCUCACAUGAAGAACCGAGCAAAUCAUCUGUUGGCAUUUCUAGCUCUAUGCGAUAUCCUGGUAUUUGUCAUGAUGUUCCCACAUUAUCUGGCUGCUUUGGAUAUGUUUGCGAGUAAUAGCCAGUUCCGUGUGGUCCAUUUUCAUACGAAGGUACAUUUCGGAGCACUGAGUAACUGGUUCUCUGCAGCGGCUAUCUGGUUCGUACUUGCUGUUUCUGUGGAACGACUGCUCAUCAUAAAAUUCCCAUUCCGAUCACUGGAUAAUUACAAUUCUCGGCAGAUUUUGCUCAUCUCACUAGGGAUCCUGGUCGCUACCUUUGUGCUAACGAGUUAUCAUCAUAUUUCACACACUUGUUUGACAUUUGAAGUGUGUUCUGGUAAUCAAGUGAUCGGAAUCUGCUAUGAGAAUGUUCGUGAUAAAUGGGGGAAGCGAGAAAAUCCAACAUCAGCUCUAACAAAGCACUGGAUAGAAGCCUCUGUAUAUUUGAACGCUGUGUUCGCUGUGCUGCUGCCUGUAUUUGCUGUGGCUGUACUAAAUAUAUCAUUAGUUAGACUUUUAAAAAAGAGAAAUACUCAGGAACUUCUUAUACACAGCGUUAGUGCAAAUCCGUCCGCUCUUCAAGAACAAGAACGAAAAAUGACUCACACAGUAUUGGCGAUCAUCACCUGUUUCUCGUUGACUCAAGGACCGUCCGCAAUUGUGUACAUGGUUCAGAAGCUGUAUCAACCCUCCAGUGCUCUACAAAUUGCAUCCGUCGUCGCUAACCAGCUGGUCUUAACUGGAAAAAUGCUGAACGUGGUUUUAUUCUGCAUGACAUCAUCAACAUUCCGCCGAAAACUUCUUCAAACAUGCGGACGAUGGAUGUACACAGUUUUGUACUGUGAUCGUAAGGCUGGAAACAGGUCCCGGUUCUCUCGCUCUCAGUCCAAAUCAGUUGUGACACAGAAGACUUCACUAGUGUAUUCGCCAAGCAGUAGGGGGUUACGAUCUUCGAUAGUAUCGGAAAUGUACACGAAGAAACCGUCGGCAGCUGAAUAUAGUCCUACUGAUACAAACAGAGAAAGUGCACAAUGA